AUGGGAAUCAAAGCGGUGGAUUCGCAUUUGCAGAGCGGGAAGCACAAGGACUAUACCAGAGCCCGCCAGCAGACUCCGAUUGCCCGUUUCUCCUCCACUCUACCCACCGCCAGCAAAGAUGUUACGACCAAGGAUGUUACGGUGGGAAAUCCACAGCCAACAUCGUCAUCAUCUGACAUUCGCACAGCUUGUGGCUCUACGCCAACACUUAGAGCAGAAGUGAUCUGGGUGCUGAGGACGGUGACUAGCCAUCAUUCGUACAGAUCAAAUGAGGGAAUAGAAAACGUGUUCAAGGCCAUGUUUCCAGACUCUGUGCUUUCAAGAUACUAUGGGUCACAGUUCAUGGGCCACGCCACUGCUCAGGACCUGCUUCAACAUUUCAAGGAGUGUGUGCAGCAGCUUGACCUGAGAAAUAUGAUUUCAAUCUCCAUGGACGGACCCAGUGUCAACUGGAAGUUUUUUGACCUGCUCCAGCAAGAACAGGCAGAAGAGUUUGGAGGUGCCAAGCUGACCAUGGUUGGGAGCUGUGGGCUGCACACACUGCACAAUGCCUUCAAAAGUGGCUUCAGUGUCUGGCAGCUGGAGAAAGUACUCAAGGCAUUGCAUACAGUGUUCCACAAUACUCCUGCUCGAAGAGAGGAUUUCUCCACUUUGACCAAGACAUCUGUGUUUCCCCUACCAUUCUGUGGGCAUCGCUGGAUAGAAAACCUACCCGUCGUCGAGAGGGCUAUUGCAGUAUGGCCAAUGAUCGUGAUGUACGUGGAUGCAGUGACGAAGAAAGAACUUCCAAACCCUAAAACAUCAUCCUAUGACGCUCUUGUAGAGGCACGGAAGGACUCUCUUAUAAUGGCCAAGUUGCACUUCUUCAUGGCUAUCUCCAGGACCUUCACCACCUUUCUAACUACAUAUCAGACAGAUGAGCCUGUGAUGCCAUUCAUCAGCAAAGACCUGGCUGUGCUCAUGAAGAGCCUGCUGAAGAGGUUCAUCAAGGCAGAGAUCCUUAAAGACAUCACUACACUGCAGAUGGUGAGACUCGACACGACUGACAAGAAAACAAGAGUCCACCUAAAGGAUGUGGACAUUGGCUUAGGAGCAGAAGCAGUCCUAAAGGAACUCCAGAGUAGCCCCAGCAGCAGUGUAGGAGAGCUCAGUGUGUUGGAGUUUAGAAGAGACUGCAUGGAGUGUUUGACUAACAUUGUCCAGAAAAUGCAAGACAAGAGUCCACUGAAGUACAACACUGUGAGGCAGAUGGCAUGUUUGGACCCAGCAAACAUGUUCUCAGACCCCGACUUGUGCCAGGAAAGAAUGAAACGACUUGUUCAGAGGUUUCUGCAAGACAACCAGCUGUCAGGAGGUGUCUCUGCUGGUGACAUGAUUGUCCAGCAGUUUGGAAACUUCUUGUCUCUGGAGGCAAAAGCUGAAUCCUUCUCUUCUUUCCAACCUGUGCGGACAAGACUGGAUGUUUUCCUGCAUGGACUCCUCCAUCAGUCCUACCCUGAGCUCUGGACUUUCUGCAAGAAACUUCUGCUCCUGUCUCAUGGUCAAGCGACAGUUGAGAGGGGCUUUUCUGUAAACAAGGAGGUAGAGGCUGAUAACAUGCAGGAGGACACAGUUGUUGCUCAGAGAAUGAUAUGUGACUAUGUUUCUGUCUGUGGUGGGGUUCUCAAAGUUCCUCUGACAAAGGAGCUCCUGGCAGCUGCAGCCUCAGCAAGGUCUCAGUAUCGGCUACACCUGGACCAGGAAAAGAGAAAGAAGGAGAGCAACACACGAAGAGAAAAGAGAAAAGUUGCAGAGGAGUACCUUGAGCAGCUCAAAAAAGAAGGUGACACUGAGUGA